AUGCUUGAAGUGUGCAGAUGCCCCCUGUCAGAAGAGCUGCCCCACUAAUCUGGACAUCAAGUCAUUCAUCACAAGUAUUGCAAACAAGAACUACUAUGGAGCUGCCAGAAUGAUUCUUUCUGACAAUCCACUUGGCCUGACCUGUGGAAUGGUGUGUCCAACAUCAGAUCUCUGUGUUGGUGGCUGCAAUUUGUAUGCCACUGAGGAGGGACCAAUUAAUAUUGGGGGAUUGCAGCAGUUUGCUACUGAGGUGUUCAAAGCUAUGAAUAUUCCUCAGAUCAGAGACCCUUCCUUACCUCCUCUAGAAGAUAUGCCUGAAGCCUAUCACGUGAAGAUAGCUCUCCUUGGUGCAGGACCUGCAAGUUUAAGCUGUGCUUCCUAUUUGGCUCGAUUGGGCUAUUCGAACAUCACCAUCUUUGAAAAGCAGGAGUACAUUGGUGGCUUAAGUGCGUCUGAAAUCCCUCAGUUCCGAUUGCCGUAUGAUGUAGUGGAUUUUGAAGCUGAGCUUAUGAAGGAUCUCGGAGUGAAGAUAGUUUUCAGCAAAGGCCUUGCAAUGGAUGGAAUGACACUCCGCACUUUGAAGGAAGAUGGCUAUGAAGCAGUUUUUAUUGGAAUAGGUUUGCCAGAACCAAACAGAGAGAAAAUAUUCCAAGGACUAAGAAUGGACCAAGGAUUCUACACAUCUAAAGACUUCCUGCCUUUGGUGGCAAUGGCAAGUAAACCAGGGAUGUGUGCCUGUCACUCUCCGUUGCCAUCAGUACAUGGAACUGUGAUUGUACUUGGGGCAGGAGACACUGCUUUUGACUGCGCAACAUCUGCUUUACGCUGCGGAGCUCGUCGCGUGUUUGUGGUCUUCAGGAAGGGGUUCACUAAUAUCAGGGCUGUCCCAGAAGAGAUGGAACUUGCAAAAGAAGAGAAGUGUGAAUUUCUGCCUUUCCUCUCCCCUCGGAAAGUUGUACUUAGAGGUGGACAAAUUGUUGCUAUGGAGUUUGUUAGAACUGAACAAGAUAAUGAUGGAAACUGGAAAGAAGAUGAGGAUCAGGUUGUCCGUCUGAAAGCUGAUGUGGUGAUCAGUGCCUUUGGCUCAAUUUUAAAUGACACUAAAG